GUGUACCUUGAACCUUGCCGCUUCAUUCCAGUGGCAUCUUGUUGCACAAAUGCUCUAUAAAUAUCUCGGCAACCUACCGACAGCCAUCGUUCAUCUGCAAUUGAACUUUCCAAUGGGCUGGCAUGAUCAUCACUGCUCCUUCCAUCACGGAAACCCACGAUGCUUCCGUUCUCCGAAUACCCUGCUCAGGGUCUCGAAUACUCCAUGUGUAUAUCUUGAUACAGGCAUAGCAUUCAUCCGAUAUUUCCUUGGCUGUUCUUGCCUCUCGCCUCUAGUCAAUCCUAGUUGGAAAGUAUGACUAUCUCAAGUCUCACCUUUCUCGACGUUCUCAUAACACUUGGAUCUAUACUGGUACUCUCGUGCAUCUAUCGCUAUAGCGCCUCCUUGAAACAUGUUCAAUACGUUCCUGGUAUGCGUGUAUUGUUCUCGCCGUUGACCAUCUUCGGCGCUAUGAUUCCGACAAGGUCGUGGAACCCCGGUCUAAAUUGGUCUUGGAUAUGGCGUAAAACUGCCUACAUGAAUCGUACUCAUGACAUCAUUUCAAUGGUCCCCAUUCUCUUUGGCAAGCCUUCUAUUUAUGUGGGCUCUCUCGAUGUUGCACGACAAUUGUUGGUAAAUGAAAACAAGUUACGCCUGGAGAAACCUGCAGAUCUUCGAAAGUCUCUCCUUCUCUGGGGCGAAAGCCUCUCCACCACUAAUGGGGAGGAUUGGAGACGCCACAGGCGUAUCCUUGGUCCGGCCUUUUCUAACGAGACCUAUGUAACGGUCGUGAAGGAGACUGCUUCGAUUUACCGCGAAAUGGUCGCUGCGGAAGGUUGGAUGGACAACACUGAAGUUGUCGUGGAAGAAUUUCACCGUAUACCAUCACACGUAGCGUUCGUGGCAUUGGCGAGAUGUGGGUUCAAUGUCCGUCUUCCUUGGGCAGAAGAGCGUGAAAACGAAGACCUGUCAUUCGGCAAAGCUCUGAAGACGGUCAUACGUACAAACUUAGCACGCUUGGCAAUACCCAUUUGGGCCUAUAAGCUUCCACUUGAAGGUUUACACAAGAUGGAUCAGGCCUGGAAGUACAUAGGUGUCUACAUGCAUGACCUUGUCGCUCGCCGUAGGGAAGAACUUAGAGGAGAAGUACCUGAAAAUCUGCACCAGAGAGGUGAUCUUUUCAGUCGUCUAGUUGCUGCAUUAGAUGAGAACGCGAAGAUCGGUCUGAAAGAGCAGGAAGUGAUCGGGAACACAUUCACGUUCAUGUUCGUUGGCCACGAAACCUCUGCUCGUGUUCUCACGGAAGCUCUCGGAUUUCUCGCCAUACACCAGGAUGAACAAGAUAAGGCUGUUAAUGAAAUAUCAAGUGCUCUUCCGGCGGGUCAGGAUCCAACAUUCAAUGACUUAUCAAAACUGGUGCAUCUCCUUGCCUGCUUCCAUGAGGCUCUUCGCAUCUAUCCGCCAAGUCUCAUGAUGGGUCGAGACACGACCAGCGAAAUUCCCAUUAAAGUCACGCAUCCAUCGCCCCAAACCAUUCUACUCCCCAAAGGCAGCCGCGUAGUGAUGGAUAUGAUCGCUCUUCAUCACGACCCCCGUGUCUUCCCGGAUCCUGAGAAGUUCAAACCCUCACGAUGGUAUGGGAAGAACGGAGUCGGGGACGAAGUCUCCAUGUUUGGGCUCGGACCUCGUGUUUGCAUCGGCCGUAAGUUUGUAGAAAGCGAAGCGUUGACCUUCCUUUCUAUGUUCCUGAGGGAUUGGAAGGUGGACAUUAUUCUCAGUCCUGGUGAAACUCGUGCGCAGUAUGAGGACAGGGUGAUGGGACGUGCUCGUCUCAUUGGCCACGCUUUUGGAGUUGAACCCUUUCCGUUGAAAGUCUCUAGGCGGGUUUCGGUUUGAUAGGAUGUCCUGGUAACCAUUACACUGACAAUUGUAGGGACAGUAAUCAAUAUCAUUGUGCACCCUCUUACUGUGGUUAGCACGUAUAUGCAUGGUACAGGGGCGCAAAUUCUCCUGUAGCAGCCGGUCCAAAAAAUAAUGUUGUACUCGAAUG